AAGCGAAUCUGCUUUACGACAGUCAGCAGGCAUCUUUCAAAUCGAGGACGAAUUUCAAUGUGGUUCAAACAGCCUGCUUGACCUUCCCCGCAACUAGGUAUCCUGGAUUCACCUCAGCGGUGGCAGAAUAAUCUUGGCGUGGAAUUUCGCACCCUGCCUUCUGUGUGCGCAACACCACAUUUCGCAUUCUAGCGCGCUUCAACGUCAACCCCCCGCGACUCAAUAAUACCACAAAAAGCCAUGGGCGUCGCUUUCGAUUAUGCGCCAGACCGGCCAGAGCAGAUCGACCAGAUCCUGAAUGGCCUUGAGCGAUACAAUCCUGAGACGACCGGGGUCUUCCAGGACUACGUGAUGCAGCAAUGCGAAAGCCAGACAUACGACUGCUACGCCAACCUGGCGCUUCUCAAACUAUAUCAAUUUAACCCGCAUUUAACGCGCGACGAGACUAUAACCAACAUCCUCGUAAAGUCUCUCACGGUCUUUCCCUCACCAGACUUCAGUCUUUGCCUCUCGCUUCUCCCACCACAUCUCCUCUCGCCUAGUCUAAACCCCUCCACACGACCAUCUGGUGACCUCGCAGAGUCAGUCCAAAAACUUUCCGUCCUCAACAACCUCCUUUCAUCCGCAGACUACUCCUCGUUCUGGUCAACACUAGACUCGGAUGAUCUGUACGCAGAUCUCGUCGCUGAUGUGAGCGGCUUUGAGGAGCUGAUGAGGGUACGGAUCGCAGUCACAGUAUCACAAACCAUUCGUGAAGUGCAAAAAGAGAUUCUCUCGAGCUGGCUUAACCUGAGCGGAAACGAAUUUGAGCACUUCGUUGGCACAGUGUGCGGCUGGAAGGUUGACGGCAGCAAGGUGGCGAUACCCCUGAACAAGGAGAAUGAGGCCAAGGGUACAGUUGUGCGCGAAAACGUGAAGUUUGAUCAAUUCUCGAGGAUCGUAAGGAGGGCAUAUGAACAACCAGCGUGAUCGGGUUGACAUCUCAAUAUAAGAGCCUUUCCGGAAAUACAUAUACCGGCAACGCCGAAC